CCCGUCUUUAUUUACUGCCACACUGCCAUUAACUCGUUAAGCCGUCGCACGGAAUAGUGGAUUAGAUCCGCUCCGUUUCUCUCUCUUUUCACGCCGUCAAUCUACGUUCUCCGCAUCUAUCCUCCCCCGCCCAGUCACAUUUGCAGAGCUAAGCUAUCGGCGGCAAUGGCGGUUGUUCGAACGCUAUUCCUUGCGAUUCUCUUAGUGGAGCUGUUCUCAGCUCAGAAUGUUCUCGCUUCGCAUGCGCCGGUGCCGGCUCCGGCACCAGAAUCCGGCGCCGAUUUAGGUUCCUCUCCGCAGGCUACUCCGCCUGCUCCGGUCGACCGGUCUCCAGCACCUGCACCUGCCGUUAGCUCUCCCCCGGCGCCUCCGCCUGCUUCUCCAGCUCCGUCUCCAGGAAACGCUAACGAUUCGCCGUCGGAGGAGUCUACUCCGUCUCCGUCCCCUGCUCCAGCUCCCGAUGCUGAAGAUGCGAACGAUGUUAGCCACGCAAGUGAGUUACAGGCUGGCGGAUCUUCCGAAGGUGGAAUGAGCGGAGGUAAGAAAGCAGGCAUCGCUGUCGGAGUCGUCGCCGGCGCGUGCGUCGUAGGGCUCGGCGCGCUGGUUUACAAGAAGCGGCAACAGAAUAUUCGCCGAUCGCAGUACGGAUACGCCGCCCGGAGAGAUAUCCUGUAACUGUAAGGUUCGUACCAUUUUGUGCAAUCACUGAAAUACAUAUACAUGUAUACACACAGAUCUUUGGACUUUGUUUUGGACUGAUUCAUUGCUGUCGAUUCACUGUAUGCAGAAGUUAUGAUUUGUACCAUUCUUUAUUUGUCACUAUAAUUACGUAGUAUUGAAUUUAAACUUUUCAUCCCCAAAAAACUCAUUUCGUCAUUACUCCGGCACUCCGUUGUUUAGUUAUGGAACCAAUAAUUAGCAACUUGAUUUGUUCUAAUCAAA